AUGGCGACGCUAAUUCGCAGCAAGAUCUCCAAUGUGGCCACGUCGGUUUCCAACAAGUCCCAGGCGAAGGUCAGCGGCAUCUUUGCCCGCAUGGGCUUCCAGGCAGCGACCGACGAAGAAGCGGUGGGGUUUGUUCACUGCGAUGACCUGGACUACGAGCACCGGCAGGGACUGCAGAUGGACAUCCUGAAAUCCGAGGGCAGCGAGGAAGGAGGCGAGCCGCCCUUGGAAGGAGAUACCCACUACCAGAGGGACGGCACGGGACCCUUGCCUCCCUCCACUUCCAAGGACGACGGCGUGUGCUCCGAGCUGUCCACUCAAGGGAAGCCCAGGAUCACCGCCUGGGAAGCCGGCUGGAAUGUCACCAAUGCCAUCCAGGGGAUGUUUGUUCUUGGCCUGCCCUAUGCUAUCCUUCAUGGUGGAUACCUAGGACUCUUUUUAAUCAUUUUUGCAGCAGUAGUUUGCUGCUACACUGGGAAAAUCCUCAUUGCCUGUCUCUAUGAAGAGAACGAAGACGGAGAGAUAGUCAGGGUGAGAGACUCCUAUGUGGAUAUUGCAAAUGCUUGCUGUGCUCCUAGGUUUCCCAGUCUCGGGGGCAGGAUUGUAAAUGUGGCACAGAUCAUAGAACUAGUCAUGACCUGCAUCCUGUAUGUCGUGGUCAGUGGUAACCUGAUGUACAAUAGCUUCCCAAACUUGCCAGUGUCCCAGAAAUCAUGGUCCAUCAUUGCGACAGCAGCGCUCCUGCCUUGUGCUUUCUUGAAGAACCUCAAAGCUGUUUCCAAAUUCAGUUUACUCUGCACCUUGGCUCAUUUUGUGAUAAACAUUUUAGUGAUUGCCUACUGCCUCUCCAGAGCCCGAGACUGGGCGUGGGAUAAAGUCAAGUUUUACAUUGAUGUGAAGAAGUUCCCCAUCUCCAUUGGCAUAAUUGUCUUCAGCUACACCUCUCAAAUCUUUCUGCCUUCCUUGGAAGGGAACAUGCAGAAUCCCAAGGAGUUCCACUGCAUGAUGAACUGGACUCACAUAGCCGCUUGCAUCCUGAAGGGCCUCUUCGCCUUGGUAGCCUACCUGACUUGGGCUGAUGAUACAAAAGAAGUCAUCACAGACAACUUGCCGUCCACCAUUAGAGCUGUUGUUAACCUUUUCUUGGUAGCCAAGGCUUUGCUCUCCUAUCCUUUGCCUUUCUUUGCAGCUGUGGAGGUCCUGGAGCGAUCCCUCUUCCAAGAAGGAGCCAGGGCUUGCUUUCCUAAUUGCUAUGGGGGUGAUGGGAGGCUGAAAUCCUGGGGACUUACCCUUAGGUGUGCUCUCGUGGUGUUCACCUUGCUGAUGGCUAUUUAUGUCCCACAUUUUGCCCUCCUGAUGGGCCUCACAGGAAGCCUCACAGGGGCAGGCCUCUGUUUCCUCCUUCCCAGCCUUUUCCACCUGAAGCUAUUAUGGAGGAAACUCUUGUGGCACCAUGUCUUCUUCGAUGUGGCCAUUUUUGUAAUAGGAGGUAUAUGCAGUGUGUCAGGCUUCAUCCACUCUUUAGAAGGCCUCAUCGAAGCUUUUAGAACCAAUUCAGAAGACUAA